AUGACCCCCGCCGUGUCAAACGUUUCUGGCCGCCACACGUUAAGCCAAAUCCUUGCAGAAUUCUCCAAGUUCGCCGUAGACUCCGCCAUCGAUGGCUACCUCAAAAUCAUCCCUGGUAGAAAGCAUGCAGAUAAGACGAUGCGGGAAGAACUGAUAAACAUACCAAUGUCGACACCAUUAAAGACCAAGAAACACCUGGGUGAAAAGGUUGCAAAUGAACUCUUUUUUGAAACAAAAGUGGAGCAAGGGAAGGAAGAGAUGAAAAAUAUAAAGCAGCAGUACAAAACAUCAAACAAAAUUGUUGAAGAUUCCCAGCCUCCAAACAAAAUGGGUGAUAAUGGCUUUAAGGGAAUUAAUCUAAUACAGAAAGAUGAGAAAAAAGUAUUCAUCCGGUCUCGUCUAUAG